AUGCCAUCUCUGGAGGAUUUUGCGAAGAAAUCAGCUGCCACCGAGGCCAAGAAACACAAGGUAGCCCAAGACAAGAAGUUGGGCAGCAUACUUCGGGACCGGGAAUCGGCGACUAUUCCCCCAAGCACCUUCGUGACAAACCUCUCAUCCCGACAUCUCUCAACCCCGGAGUUAGCCGCACUAGCCAAGGGACAUGGUUUCAACAUCUCGGCCAUUCCCCCUAUCUCGAAGAUAGUCGCUGCAGUCGAGGACGGGAUUCAACACCUUGAAGCCGGCGCCCGUCAAGAGACCCGUCUCAAGGUAAUAGGAGUUCUUUCCAAGAUACCGGCUCGGCUAAGCAGCAACCUUCCUGACGAAGAGAGGAAGGCUCUCAUAGAUUUGAAGAAGGACAAGACCAUCGUAGUCCUUCCGGCCGACAAAGGUAACAGCACGGUCGUCAUGGAUCGCGCUGACUAUGAGAAGAGGGCUGGAGAACUUCUGAACGGGGAGGCUUACUCCAAGAUCAAGAAAGAUCCGACUCCUCAAACCCAAACCAAUCUGAACAGACUUUUAUCGCAGAUCUUCACCAAUCAUCCCGAUUUCAAAAACCUCUACCUGAAGUUGAUUUGCAGAAACGGAUCCGCCCCGAGUUUCUACGGCCUCCCAAAGGUCCAUAAAUCAGGAAUUCCUCUCCGACCCAUCGUCGACUUCACCCGCUCCCCCCUACGGGCUCUGUCAUCCUAUCUUCACAGGGUAAUCGUGCCUCUGACCGGGAAGACGGACACAUACAUCCGCCACUCGGGGCAUUUCGUAGAACUGGCGUCCAACGUUGUGCUUGAGGAAACCGAUCGCAUGGUGUCUUUCGACGUGGUUUCCCUUUUCACCAGCGUGCCCGUGCCCCUCGCACUGACUGUGACGCGCCGGGCCCUCGAAGACGACCCCACCCUGAUCGACCGAACUCCACUUUCGGUAGACCAGAUAUGCCAGCUGUUGGAAUUUUGCCUCUCAAGCACUUAUUUCUCGUUCAGCAACGUGUUUUACAGACAGACCAGUGGGACAGCCAUGGGGGCCUCGAUAUCGGCAACAGUGGCAGCUCUCCAACUGGUGUAA